CAGGCGGCGGGAGCGCGGCGGCGGGCGGCGGGGCCCCUUGGGGCGGGCCUGGCCGGGCGGGAGGUGACCUACGCGGUCCUGCGCCCCGGGCCUCAGACCUCUCGGGCAAGCGCGGCGCGGCGCAGAUUAAAAAUCAAGAAAUAUAAACCAGAUGUAGCAGUUUCUUGACAUGGAGAACGAAGCCCAUAAUACAAUGGGCCUACUUCAUAUGGGAAUAGGAAGUGAAACCGGAAAGGCAGGUUACCAGCUACCACUGUGGGUGACUGAGUCAAAUCCUGACGGGGAAUCUCUGGAACCCACCACAAGUCACACCCUCCAAGAGCUCUCCCAGCCAAGGAAAACAACUUCUCCUUGUGAGGCCGAGCUUCAGGAAUUAAUGGAACAAAUUGACAUCAUGGUAAGCAACAAAAAAUUGGAUUGGGAAAGAAAGAUGCGGGCUUUGGAGACACGAUUAGAUCUUCGAGAUCAAGAAUUGGCAAAUGCACAAACUUGUUUGGAUCAGAAAGGUCAAGAGGUAGGGUUACUUCGACAGAAAUUGGACAGUCUGGAAAAAUGUAAUUUAGCAAUGACUCAGAAUUAUGAAGGACAACUACAAAGCCUAAAGGCUCAAUUUUCUAAACUAACAAAUAGCUUUGAAAAACUGAGAUUACAUCAGAUGAAACAAAACAAAGUUCGACGAAAAGAAUUACCAUACCUUAAAGAAGAAACACCCUUUGAACUGAGCAAUUUGAACCAGAAAUUAGAGGAAUUUAGAGCAAAGUCAAGAGAAUGGGACAAGCAAGAGAUACUAUAUCAGACUCAUCUGAUUUCUUUAGAUGCUCAACAAAAAUUAUUAUCUGAGAAGUAUAAUCAGUUUCAGAAACAGGCACAAAGUUACCAAACUCAACUAAAUGGUAAAAAACAAUGCUUAGAAGAUAGCAGCUCUGAAAUUCCUCAUUUGAUAUGUGACCCAGAUCCCAAUUGUGAAAUCAGUGAAAGAGAUGAGUUCAUUAUUGAAAAACUAAAAUCAGCUGUGAGUGAAAUAGCACUAAGCAGGAAUAAGUUACAAGAUGAAAAUCAGAAGCUCUUGCAAGAACUGAAAAUGUACCAAAGACAGUGCCAGGCCAUGGAAGCAGGUCUCUCAGAGGUGAAAAGUGAGUUACAGUCACGUGAUGAUCUCUUGAGAAUUAUAGAAAUGGAACGAUUGCAAUUACACAUAGAAUUAUUAAAAAUAGGAGAGUGCCAAAAUGCUCAAGGAAAUAAAACAAGACUUGAAUCAUCUUAUUCGCCUUCUAUUAAAGAACCAGAAAGGAAAAGAAAAGAGCUGUUUUCAGUGAUACAGGAUGAACCAAAUCAUGAAAAAGAAUUGAACAAGGUAAGAAGCCAACUCCAACAGGAGGAAGAGUACCAUAGCUCUGAGCAGGAAAGAAUGAGGAAUGAAAUCUCUGACCUAACAGAAGAGCUUCAUCAGAAGGAGAUCACUAUAGCAACUGUCAUGAAGAAAGCUGCCCUUCUGGAAAAACAGUUAAAAAUGGAAUUAGAAAUAAAAGAAAAAAUGUUAGCAAAACAACAGGUCUCAGAUAUGAGAUAUAAAGCUGUCAGAACUGAAAACACACAUCUAAAAGGAAUGAUGGGAGAUUUAGACCCUGAACGAUACAUGAGUAUGGACUUCACUAACAGGCAACAUUCAAUGCAUACAUCUAUUAAUAAACUGGAAUAUGAGAAUGAAAGGCUCCGAAAUGAUCUUGCAAAACUUCAUGUCAAUGGAAAAUCAACACGGACAAAUCAAAACACCUAUGAAGAAACAGGAAGAUAUGCCUAUCAAAGCCAAAUAAAAGUGGAAAAAAAUGAAGAGAGACUUAGUCAAGAUUGUGAGCCAAAUACAAGUACAACACCUCCCUUGCCACCUUUGACAUUACAAAUCAAAGAAAUGACAAGUCCUUUGAUUAGUGACGAUGAAGUAUUCCCACUGUCUCCCCCAGAUAUGUCCUUCCCAGCAUCUUUAGCUGCACAGCAUUUCCUUCUAGAAGAAGAGAAACGAGCAAAAGAACUUGAAAAACUUCUAAAUACACAUAUUGAUGAACUGCAAAGACACACAGAAUUUACUCUUAAUAAAUACUCCAAGCUAAAACAAAACAGACACAUAUGAGCUUUUAAACUUUCUUAUUUGCUUCCCCCACCCCAAGAAAAAAAAGCUCUGGCAAAAUAUUUACAAAGCUGAUUAAUGAAACUGAGAAAUUCUAUUCUGUUUCCUUGAGUAAAUAAUUUCUGUAAGGCAGCUAGAAAAUAGUAAGUAUUUUGUUUGAUAAAGCUGUUUGUAUUUCUGCAUUAACAUACUAAAUUGUUCUGCUGUAGAGUUACUAUAAAAUAAACAUGACUAUUCCAAAAGAGAUUUUUUUUUCCAGUCUAAGGACUAUUUUGGAAUUAAAUAUGCAGUUUUUUCCACCACUUGAAUCAUGUAUACUGAAAACCCAUUUCCUCGGCAACUAUACAAAAUAAGGGAAAGGGAAGUGCAUGCUAUAUUCCAGAUACAAACGACUCAAAGGCAGCUCAGUUGUACUCGGUUUGAAAACUCAAGGAUUUUCUAAAUAAAAAUAUUUAUUUUCAGUUACGUAAACACUCUAAAAUUUAUUUUUGGAAAAAAAAAAGAUAUAGCUUUACUAUUUUUACAUUCACCUUUAUAAUGUCUUUCUGUUUCAAUACACUGAAGGUUGAUGAGAUGUGUAAUUUACAAAUUUAAAAUAUAUGCUUUUUUGUUAGUACUAAUGCUUUUUUGUUAGUACUAAUUACUUCAUGGACAUGAACAAGAUAAAGGAAAUAUAGAGCAUUACUGUUGCUACAUUUUCCUUUGUAAUCACCUCUGUUUUAAAUACAAAAAAAGAAUAUAAAAUUCAAUGGACUUGAAGCAUAAAUGCCAAAUCUGUAUAGAACAGUAGUAGCAUGGCUAUGAACAAUAAAAAUAGAAUUUACAAAUA